CCCUGGAACUGGGAAGGGGUAUCCUGAAAAUAAUAAUUUUUGAAAUAGUAUUGAAAUGUAGUUGUUUAUUAGUAUACAUAAUUUAAUUAUUUUAUCACUUAUUGCUUAUUUAGUGUAUGCAAGGUUUCGGCGGCCUUGAAAAAGCCUUAAAAAGUACUUGAAUUUAAUUUUGAUUUUCAAGGGCCCCCACAGAGCACUUGAAAAUAAUGCUAAGUCCUUGAAAUAUUAGAAAUGGCCUUGAAAAUUAUCAGAAACUCACAAAAAUCGCCCUAUUUCCAGCAUUUCUGUGUUAAACUUCUCACACAUACGCGUAAGGACAAAAGAAUGACUCUCCCGCCUUUCAGACGAUGAUGACGUAAUGCUUUCCGUUCUUAUCAGUUGUUGACGUCCCGAUUUCCCUCUUGCCAACGCGAUCGUUAAUAAAGACUGGUUUGACUGGUAACUCAAGGAGGAUAAGUUAUAUAUCGAUAUAUUUUUACUGUGUUAAUUGAUAUCGCUGUGUUAACACGUUGGUUUGUUCGUAUUUUUCCUCGGUAGUACAUUCAGGCUAUUGUUUAUUAGUUAAAAUAAAGUAAUGGGUAAAUGUGUUUUUAACAUUUUAUGGUUAAAUAAGCCAGAAUAUAGUGACUGGCUGAAGCAAGGCGAUGGAAAGUAUGAAGCAUCUUGCCGAUUAUGCUCAAAGGAAUUUGAUAUCUCAAAAAUGGGAGAAUCAGCCCUGCGAUCCCACAAUGAAGGUAAAAAGCACAAAGAUCUUUUGAAGAAUUUCAAGGCAUCAAGCCUUAAAAAUUUUGUUGAGCACAAGCAGGUACUGAAUAUUGAGCAACCAGUGCCCAGUUCCUCUACAAGUAGCAUAUCUCAAGAAGCAGUGCCUUCUUCUAGUGCUGUUUUUGAAUUUUGGCUCUACUGAUAGUACACAUGCUGAGAUAAGAUGGGUGCUAAAGUGCGUUGAAAAUAAUUAUUCUUUUAAUUCGUGUCAAACAAUUGCCAAUAUAUUUAAAGACAUGUUUAGCGACAGUGUGAUAGCCAGAUCUUUUUCUUGUGGGGCCAAUAAAGCUGCGUAUUAUUUGUGUUUUGGCUUAGCACCAUAUUUUAAGUCACAAGUUUUUGAGAGCUGUAAACUCUCAGGUGACUAUUGUGUAAUGUUCGAUGAGAGCUUAAAUAAGUCUCUGCAAUCCAAGCAGUUGGUUGUUUUGGUCAGAUUUUGGGAUGAUGAAAAUUUUGUCACUAAGUACGUUGAUUCAAGUUUCUUAGGCUAUUCUACAGCUAAUGUCACGGUGUCUCAUCUUCUCACCACCAUCAGCAAAUUGGAUUUUUCCAAUUUAAUGGGGGUUUCUAUGGAUGGGCCUUAUGUAAAUUGGAAGAUCUUUGAUUUACUUCAAACGAUCUUAAAAAAUCAAUUCGGAUGCCAAAUACCAAAUGUAGGUAGUUGUAGUCUUCAUGUUGUGAAUAACGUCUUUGAAAGAGGAUUUGUUGAGACGCAAUGGCAUUUGGACGAUUUUUUGAGAAGCCUUCAUUGGCUAUUUAAAGAUGCUCCAGCAAGGAAAGAAGACUUUUUAGAAGCCUCACAAAGUAAAUUGAUGCCUCUUAAAUUUUGUGGCCAUAGAUGGCUAGAGAAUGGCCCAGCUGCACAAAGAGCUUUAGACAUUUUGGAUGAUUUAAAACUAUGCAUUUCUUCUGUUGAAAAGGGGAAGUUUAACAAACCCAGCAGCAAAUCUUAUUUGCUUGUAAUUGCUUCAUGCAAGGACAUACUUCUUCCUGUAAAACUUCAUUUUUUUCUGUCGGUUAUUAGAAUUCUUCAGCCCUUUUUAACAUUAUAUCAGAAGGAUUGGCCGAUGCUAUUGGAUACUUUCAAAGUCUUAAAGAAUGAAUCUGUCAGUGAAAUGAAAGAGUACUGCGACUUUGCUAAUUUUGAUUUUAAUAAUCAUAAAGGUAGCAUCAGCAAAGUUUCAAUUGGAUUUGUUGCAGGAAAUAUACUGAAGAAACUGCUCGCACAGAAGCAGAUAACUGAUAAAGCUGGGCUGGACCUUCAGCAUGACUGCCAAAAGUGCAUUAUUGCCAUUGUGAAAAAAAUAGCAGAAAAGUCACCCCUAUCUAAUCAGUUAGUUCGAUGCCUUGCAUCCCUAGACCCCAGGAGGAUGUAUCACAGCAGUGAUAAAUCAUAUUUGAGAAAAUGGCUAUCGUUCUGAAAGAAUUGACUAGGUGUAGAAAAGUCAAUAAUGCAGAAUGUGAUUCUAUUCUUUUUGAAUUUUUGAAUUUUUUAAAUUCUGUCAAACAACUCAACGACUGGAUGAGUUUCUGAAGAAACACAUGUGUGUCCAUGAGUAUUCCAAAGUGUUAUGAAGAAACUUUUACUUCUACUGUAGAGAGAGGAUUUUCAACCAACCGGCAGGUUGAAGUUGAUAAUUUGAAAGAAGAGACAUACUUAGCUAAGAGGCUUGUGAAAGAUGCAUUAUUAUCCUGUAGGGGGGGGCAAAGGGGAUUGAUAUCACUAAGGAUAUGAAGAUUGAUGUUAGAGGUGCUAGACAGAAAUACCGUCAUCACCUUGACCUUAAAGCAAAAGAGAAAGAGAGAGCUUGAAAGGAAAAAAAGACCCAACAACGAUCAAGAGCUCCAAAAACUGCAGUCAAAAAAAAUUUGUCUGGACAAGACUGUGACUGAACUCAGUAAAUCAGCUGACAGCUUGCUAGAAAAAGCUGAGACAACUGAAAACAUAUUGUUGGUAAAAAAAGGCGAAUAGCUUCCGAAGGACAGUAAAAGAAAAGCAAUCCGAAAUUGAAACCAUCGAUGAAAGAAUCAGUGGAAACCAAGAGGAAAUUUUUUUUAAAAAAGUUUUCAUAAAUAAUUAGUAUAUUGUCAUAUCUUCAAUAAUUUAAGUGUAAUUUUAAAAUAUUUUCAUAAACA